CUCCACUAGCAGUUUAAAAAAGGUUUUGCUGACCUUUGUCAAGUAUGAUACUGUAUGUUUAUCUGUGGAAGUGUUAAUUUGUCUUCUUUGAUCAACAGGCAGAGACGGAAUGAAUGACAUUGCCUUUCUAAACAAAGACGGGGACAGUUUUCCUACUGAGUCCAGAAAGCAGAGCCCAGUGGUAUCUGCUGCCGCCACGUUAUGCGGGUAUCUGGACAAGCUGAGCGGGCCACUGAAGGUCUGGAGGUCCCUCUGGUUCAUAUACGAAGAGAAGGAGUGUCAGCUGGUCUACUACAAGUGUGCCCAGGAUGUGAAUCCACUGGGAUGGAUUGACCUGUCCAAUGCCAUACUGGGAGAGCUAGCACAGGCAGACCAGGGGACCUUCUACAUUCAAACACCCGAGCGCACCUUCACCCUCAAGGCUGUGAAUUGCGAGUCUAUGAUAUACUGGCUGAAGCAGCUCCAGUUGAAGAGGUGGCAUCAUGGGAACAUUUCUGGAAAGCUGGGAAUGGUCACCAGUCACCAUGCACUACGACGAUACGCCACGCUGAGUGACGUCCUCCUCAGACACACUCCGACACGAAUUCAUAAGGAAUACUUACUCCGGAGCCGCUCCUCCCAGGAGCUCAGCCACAGCCUCAGCUGGGAGGAACUCUGGGAUCCAUUCCUGCCACUCAAAGACAUACAGGCCCCUCCAUAUUUUGACCAGGACAAAUCACCUCCAAAAACAAAUAUUGAGCCCUCUGGGCCAAAAACACAGUGGGUCCAGGAGAUAGAGGCACCAAAGGGACACCAGAGCUCCCUAAGCAGUGAGGGCUCCUCUUCUAACCCCGCUGACAAGACUGCUAGUCCACAGCAGGAAGAGCCUCCAGACACCGCCCGUCUUCAACAGGAAGUGCUCAGUCUGGCAGGCCAGGUCAAGGCCCAGAAGGAUCUAGUAUCCCUGUUGCAGAAGGCCCUGGAGUUGGCCCAGCAGGAGAAAUUGACUCCUGCAGUAGAAUCCCCGAGGUCGGAGUGUGAAUGGAAGAGUUCCAACUCACAACCAUGGAAUCAAGGCGAGUGCAACACAGAUCAUUCGUAUGGCCUGCAGGUUGCGCCACUGCUGCGGCACGACUGUGUGGCCGAGUCUCAGGAUCACCUCCGGCUACUGGCUGAGAGGAACCAGGCUGAUAGAGAGUUGGUCCUCCGUCUGUCCCAACAAGUGGCUGAGAGUUCGGCCGACCCCCAGCGAAGCCUCGUCCGCGGUUGGACUGUCCUUGAAACGCAGGAGCAGCUGAGACAGGAGAUUAGGAAUCUUAAGGACAACAUUGAGGCCUACAAGACUCAGAAUACUUACUUGAACGCAGAGAUCUACAAGUUAACCAAAGAAUGGAGGAAGAGUACAGAACAAGAGAAGUGCUUGAUGAUAAAGUGUGCCCAUCUGGAGGCCAAGGUGUUCCGGAUGGAGAGCAGGUCUCUGACAGUCCUCUUCAAGCAACAGGAGAGCAGAGGUUUGGAGAGACACAGGGAAGCCAUAAAGACCCUGAUCACCGACACUCUUCGGGAGGGCGGGAGGGACAUUCUGGAACUGAACCCUGCCAGGGAAUAUGAUGAGUAUGGGUUUAGAAUCUCCACUGACAUCCAAAUGGAUGAUAUGAAGCUGCUGGCCAAACUGCAAGCAUUAGGGAUUCAUUCCCACGAUCCCCCACAACAACAGAAGGAUGGGGAAGAGGAGGGGGACAGCGAGCGUCUUUGGGGCCGCUGGGCACAGCACUUUGAUGGCAGACGAUCAGACAAGGCGGUGGCCUCUCCGAAGCUGAAGGGGCUUCUGAGAAAGGGCGUGCCACACCACUACAGGCGUCGUGUGUGGCGCUGGAUAGUGUGGAGCCGCACCCGCUCUCUGAGAGAGCGCCAGCCCCACUGGUACCAACAGAUAUGCUUUAGGAGCCAGGCUGCUUCGGCCCACCGAGUCUCGCAGCAGAUCUGGUUGGACCUGGAGACCACUCUGAGAGGGAACCGCCACUUCUCCUUCCCCGCCAAGCGUGCCGUCCGGCAGCUACAUCGUAUCCUCCUAGCCUUUUCUUGUCAUAACCGGUCUGUCGGCUACUGCCAGGGCCUCAACAGAUUGGCUGCAAUGGCCUUGCUAGUGUUGCAGAGCGAGGAAGAUGCUUUCUGGUGUCUGGUGGCCAUUGUCGAGACCAUCAUGCCUCAGGACUUCUAUGGCAAGACUCUAACAGCAUCUCAGGUGGAGCAGCGCGUGCUCAAGGACUUCAUGGCAGAGAAGAUGCCGAGACUAACAGCCCAUUUCCACUGUCAUGGAGUGGACGUGUCCCUGGUCACCUCCGACUGGUUCCUAGCUGUGUUUGUGGAGAGGCUGACCAGUGACGUCCUGCUCAGAAUUUGGGACGCCUUCCUGUACGAGGGCACCAAGGUGAUAUUUCGCUAUGCAUUGGCGCUCUUCAAAUACACAGAAGAGGACAUUCUGAAGAUUCAUCAUAGUGUGGAUAUCUACCAGUACCUCCGUUUCAUCACCAGAACCAUCACAGACAGCAGGAGACUGACAACCAUUGCAUUCUGCGACAUGAACCCGUUUCCUUUGAGGCUGCUCCAUCAGAGACGGGCCCUGCACCUUCAGUGUGUGCAUGUACAGUUGAGUGAGUUUGAGCGUAUCCAGAGGGAGCUGGGUAGAGAGCGACGGCAGCACAAGGACAGGGAGCUUGGGCUCGUUUCCAGCGAGGAUGAGGGGGACACAUGAGCUCUGGAUAAAAUGCUCUGGCCAGAUUCCAAUCAGAACUUUUACCCCCUGCGUCCUGUUACUCACUUAUCUCAGUAGAUAUUGUCGGUUUGUCAUUUCUUGUUUGAUGUUUUCAAUGUUCAUGUUUUAUUGUCAUGUGCAUAAAUACAGUGAAAUGCUUUUCUUGCCAGCUCUUUCCCAACAAUGCAGUAAUCAAUAUCAAUAGUACUAUAAAAUGUAUAAAGUAGAAUAAAAAAUGACGAGAAAUAGAAAUUAGAACACGAGGAAGCAAGUAAGCUAUAUACAGGGUCAGUACUAGUACCAUAUCUACAAUGCCAUAUUUACAAUGUGUUGGGAGUGGUAGGAGUAGAUACAUCGAGCUCCAAAAGUAUUGGGACAGUGACACAUUUGAUGUUGUUUUGGUUCUGUACUCCAGCACUUUGGAUUUGAAAUGAUACAAUGACUGACUGUGAGGUUAAAGUGCAGACUGUCAGUUUAAAUCGGAGGAUAUUGUCACCCAUAUCAGGUGAACUGUUUAGAAAUUACAGCCCUUUUUGUACAUAGUCCCCCCCAUUUUAGAAGACCAAAAUUAUUGGGACAAAUUCACUUGCGUGUAUUACAGUAGUAAAACGUUAAGCAUUUGGUCCCAUUUUCAUAGCACGCAAUGACUACAUCAAGCUUGCGACUCUGUUGGAUGCAUUUGCUGUUUGUUUUGGUUGUGUUUCAGAUUAUUUGUGUCCCCCAAAAUAUGCAUGGUCACUUUUACUGUAAAUAACAAUAGAAUGUUUCAAAACACUUCUACAUUACUGUGGGUGCUACCCUAUUUAUGGAUAAUCCUGAAUGAAUUGUGAAUAAUGAGUGACAAAGUUAGAGGCAUAAAUAUUUUUCUCACUCAUCAUUAUUCAUGAUUCAUUCAGGACUUUGUAACUGUCCCAAUACUUUUGAAACUCACUCUUUGUAUAGGGCUAAAUUGACUAGGCAUCAGGAUAUAUGAUAUGUGGCAGACCAUGGGGUUUGGUCAAGAUGUUUACACAGAUCAGACACGGACAGAGUAGGAUUAGCUCAGUUUCAAUGGUGUUUAUUUAAAUUAUAAAUAAAAAAGAAAAGGAUAGGUCUCCCCCAUGAGACUCUCUACGGGAUACCGUCUUCUGGGCUCCAGGUCUUGCUGUAUCCUGCCAGGAUCAAAACUGCACUCACUCCUGUUACCUCUGUAACCAUCCCGAACUAUACAGGAGUCCUUCCUCCCCCCCCCCCCCACUCUCUUCCUGUGUGAUGCUUUAUGGGCCCUUGAUUACACACCAACUCCCAAUCAGCUCCCUGGCUGGAAAAGCUGUCGAGACCUGGCAAGUCCAGAAGAUGGAGCCAUCGCCUCGAGUCUCCCCCUGGUGGCUGACUUGCUGUAUGCCACAAAUGAUUGUAUGUGAGUGUGUGUGUGUGUGUGUGUGUGUGUGUGUGUGUGUGUGUGUGUGUGUGUGUGUGUGUGUGUGUGUGUGUGUGUGUGUGUGUGUGAAAAUGAAGCAUGAGUGUGCAUAAUCAGUUAAUAAAUAAUGCAAAAAUACUGUGCUGUUGUACCAUUGCAAAGCGUGCUUGAGUGCUAGAAACAUGCUUUGUAAAUCUGUAUUAUGAUUUAUUUAAUGGUGAAAUAAGUAUAGCCAGUUAUGGCUUAGCAGAUAAUAAGAUAAUAAGAAAAGACAAUCAGUAUUUACCUGGCUAAAGAGAAGGAAUAUAAUAUCUAUUGUUUACAGGAAAUCUAUUUAACAAUUUUAGAUGUAGUUGUGUGGAAAAAGGACUGGGGGCGAAAUAAACUUCUCCGAUGGGCAAAGAAACUCAAAAGGGGUGUUGAUAUUAAUUAACAAUAUUUUUUUCAGAAUGUGCAAACUGUUCAAACAGAUCCGCAACAUAGAUGGAUUAUUUUAAAUAUGUUAUUGGACCAUAAACAUAUUUAUCUAAUUAAUCUAUACGGUUCAAAUAAUGAUGAUCCGCGCCACUUUGAAACUACAGUAUAUAUAAUGAUGUUUCAAGCCUACAAGCAAUACACAAUUUUUAUGGUGGGAGAUAAUGCGGUUUUACAUACCAUAAUUUGGGGCAGCAGGUAGCCUUGCUGGAUCGAGUCCCCGAGCUGACAAGGUAAAAAUCUGUCAUUGAGAUGAGGUUUUCUGAGUUUGCAAGGAAUGUUUGGCCAGAUCAUUUUAAUUUGUUACCUUUAGAACUCAUCCCCCUGGCAUUUUGCCUAGAUUCUUCAAUCCAAAAUACUUUUUCCCAUAGCAAAUUCAGCCCGUUUCUCAUGAUAAGGAACCCGCGAUAUUUGAUCCCUGGCAUCUUUUCUAAAAUGUUGUUUGAGACUUGGGCUCCCUUCACAUAGAAACUGUAAUAUCUAUGAACCACUAUCGAUGAACCGAGGCCAUACACUGCUAUGUAACAUUUUCCUGUCCCGCUGCUUUCAAAAGGAUUUGUUGCUGUUGUUUUGACAAAGAUGCAAUGUUUGCAUCCCUGAAUGCAGUGGGCUCAAUUCCUACCUUACACUCUCUUUUCCAGUGACCAAUAGCCCCACACCUUUCCUCCCUGUUUCCUUGUCUUACUUGGGAAACAGGAAUGAAAACACUGUUAGUGACUUUCACUGUGGCUGCAUAACAGCUCAUACAUAUACGGAGUAAACAGAAUUAGCUUCUCUCUCCACACCGCUUGUACUAUUUCAUGCUACCUUAUAUAAUGUUACAUACCCUAUAUUAUUCAUCUCAUAUGCAUACGUAUAUACUGUACUCU